UUGUUAUUUUAAUUUGGAUUUUUUUUGCCGCAUGAUAUUGUUAUUUAUUAGUUUUUUUUGCAAAUUCUUAAUUACAAACAUUAAUAAAUAAAUUAUAAAACAAAUUCAACUAUGUCAUCUAUGGUAGCAAAUCAAUCAGCUCGAUCAGGUCCAAUGGCUGACACUGAAGAUAAUGUGGAUCGCGAAAAGAAAUGUCCAUUAUUAUUGCGUGUGUUCAUCAAUACGAGCGGUAGACACUAUCAUCUUUCGGAAUAUAGUCGUGGUAAUGCGCCCAGUAAAGAAGUACAGAUUUAUACAUGGAUGGAUGCAACAUUGAAAGAAUUGACCGGUCUGGUCAAAGAAGUAAAUCAAGAUGCACGAAAACCUGGUACACGAUUCGAUUUCGCUCUAGUAUUUCCUGAUGCACGUAGUUCAACAUAUCGAAUUCGUGAUAUUGGUAUGACAAUAAAUGGACGAAAAGAACCGGAUGAUAUGAAAACAUUGGCACAAUCGCGAUUUCAAAUUGGCGAUUUUCUCGAUGUAGCCAUUUCGAGUGGCGUUGGUCCACGCGAAUCCGAUUAUGAUCGUACACGUUUAUCUAUUGGCAGUGGUGGUGGUGGACCUGCACGUGCUCGUUAUAAUGGUGACCGUGAUCAUUUUGUUGAUCGACGGGACCGUAGAGAUCGUCCUUAUUGAUUUUAGAGUUUUUUUGCAUUUUUUAUUCAUCUUAAACAUUAAAUUCAUCAUUUGUAUAAUAAAACAAAAAAUUACUUAUUGAA